AAGACAAUCAAAGAUGUUUGAGUUUCCAUGCGCAGUGACCAGGGAGGUAAAGCGCACAGCAGUUUUUACCCCUCCUCCUCCUCCAGCUCCGAUCACUCCGGCCUCCACACUACAGGAGCUUUAAAUCACAUUUGAUCAGAGGAAUCUUUUUUAUUUGUUUAAAAAGGACCCUGGUCAUGCGAUGCGAUUUAUUUCUGCCGGAGGGAAGAAGGAAAAACUAGAUAAGACCUGUUGGCGAUGAUGGAUUACUCAAAGGCGCAAAUGUCAAGCUUAUCUGAGGAGGGCAGUUCAGCUGGGUGCCAGCAGUCUGGUAAUGCUGGGGUGAAACUUGGGGCAGUGAUGGAGCAGCUGCAGAGACAACAAGAGGCCAAACUGGAGAUGAAUCUGCAAGAGAAGCAGCUUCUUCACGCCCAGCUCCUGUUUGCUCAACACGCUGCUGCAGCAGCGAGAGCCUCUGGCUCCAGACUGGACUCUGCAUUAUUCGGCAAAGCAGAUGGACAGACUUAUCAAGCAGCUCAGCAAGCUUUGAACAGCCAUUUCAGCAGAAUGGAUCCAGAUGACGAAGAUGAAGACUCAGAUGAGGAGGACGAGGAACAGGAAAUGGUGGAUCCUGGAGAGAACGACGAGGUGGAGGAUGAUGAUGAUGAUGAUGAAGAGGAGGAGGAGAUGGAGGGUGGACCUCUUCAGCAGGCGAAGAAGCCUCAACUCCAGCAGGUCGCAGGUUUCUCCUUCGCUCCUUAUUCCACACCUCAGUCCUCUGCUGUGAAGCAAAUGUCCGAAUCUCCGGCAAUAAAGCAGGAGCAGGAGGAGAAAGAGCUGCAGUCUCCUGCAGGCCAACACGCCUUCACUUCACCCAAUGGCUUUACUGACUGGGGCUAUGAUGAAUCAUAUAAACAAAAAGGAAAUGCCAUCUGGCCUGAGGAAAAUGACGAAAGAAAAGUACGAGGAGAACCAUCCAGGGACUUUGCCAAGCUUUAUGAACUGGAUAAUGACCCACAACGGAAGGAGUUUCUUGAUGAACUCUUCGUCUUUAUGCAGAAACGAGGAACUCCUGUGAACCGCAUUCCCAUCAUGGCGAAGCAAGUGCUCGACCUGUACAGGCUCUAUAAGCUCGUGACAGAGAAAGGUGGUCUGGUGGAGGUUAUUAACAAGAAGAUUUGGAGGGAGAUCACCAAAGGUCUCAACCUCCCAACAUCCAUCACCAGCGCGGCCUUCACCCUCCGCACCCAGUAUAUGAAGUAUUUGUACCCAUUUGAGUGUGAGAAAAAGGGCCUGAGCUCUCCAGGUGAGCUGCAGGCUGCCAUUGACAGUAACCGCAGAGAAGGUCGACGUCCCAGCUACACCAACAGCUUGUACCGAUAUUCCCCCUCCCCGAGCUCCGCUCCACACACCCUGCUUGCUUCGCCCACCAUGCAAACCACCCCAACUGGACACAACGGCCUAAGUGCAUCUGCUAGCCCAAAUCUAAAGAGAAACGCAGAUGAGAUGUCGACCCCUGUAUUACCCGGACGGAUGCCCAUAACUCUGGCCCUGGGCCGGCAGCAGCAGCAGCUGGCACAAGCUGCCACGUUGGAGCAUUUCAGAGACAGGCUGGAGCGAGGAGCUGGAGGAGCUGCAGCCGCUGCGUCCGCUGCAGCAGACGGUCCAGAGAAGAAAAUGAUGCGGAUGGCGGAGGAGCAGCAGCGCCUGAUGCAGCAGGCCCUCCAACAAAACCUGCUGGCCUUUGCGUCUCAGUUCAACCCCAUGAACCUCAAACUUAACAACGGACAGGAGAGCAAAAAGGAUUUGUCUCUGAGCAUCUCCACUAACGGAGCCGCCAGUAUCAGUGUAUCUGUGGAGGUCAAUGGCACCAUUUACUCAGGAAUGCUAUUUGCCCAGAAGUCAGCUGCUCCUGCAGCAUCACAGGCCGCAGCUCUGGCAGGAACAAACGGUUUCAGUGUCAUGUCCUCCUCUCACAGUCCCUCCUCUUCAUCUUCCACCUCCUCAAAGGGACCCAAUUAAGCCCCACUCAUCGUUAAAUCUGUUCUCAGCAAAAUAAUAUUGCAAAAUGUGUACAUCUUUUAUCAGGCAAGAACUGUGUGAACUCAAACUAUACUGCUGUCAACUAGCGCAUCUCCAGCUGUUCUAGUUUUUAGUUAGUUAGUUUUAUUUUGGCCGCAUGACGUGCUUUAAGUUGACAUUAAUGUUUGACCCCUAAGGCUUUCAAACUGGCCACAGUAUAGAUUCAGAUCACAGUUUACCUUUGUGCCUGUUAGAAGCUUAUUUUUUUCCCCUUUUUUUAAGAUUGUGGCUUCCACGUCUGAAAGGCUCUGCAUGGUUUGUUCAGAUGUGUCUUUAGAGCCUCUGGAUUUAUAAUUAAUUAUCAAACAGUUCUCUAGCUGCCUUGUCCCAUAGUUGAACAAUGUGGUUGCCAAAGUGCAGCUGAUGAAGACCAAAAAGCCUUACCUCUAAGUCAUAGCUACUGUGUGUAACUAUUUUGCUGAAGCCAGUUUGUAUCCCUCUUAGUAAACUUUUGUUUGAGUGAGAGCUCAAGUUUAUACUAUAGUUUAUACUUUUCAUAACAGCUUUCAGGGAUAAUGUGCAUCAUCAGAGUUGGAGAGAAAUUAGUUUUUUAUGUUUUGUAUUGUUUCAUUUUACUUUUUCUAUUUAAUAAUUUGGCUCAGCCUCAAAAUACAGAACAUUUAUUUCAUGUCAGCUGUCAUUCAAAGGCAAAACAUUAUUAUUGCUGUAAGGAUGUAAUUCAACAUUUACCUCAAUUGACUUCCCAUGUUGGUAAGUUUCUCAGACUCAGGAAUAUCCUCUGGACUCAUCACUGUUAUACUGUAUCUCAGAAUAUUUUACUGUGUUGUAUUUGCAUAAACGCAGAGAAUGUAUCGCGAAUGACCUCAAGCUUUUUCAGAAGUGAACACUGAAACAGUGCUACCUCACUCUUCUAGAGAAAUAUGCAAUACUUAAUGUGGUAUGUGCUGAUUAAGCCAUCUGCUGAAGUAUACUGUAUGUGGACAAUCAAGUAGACAUAUCAAUCAUGCAAACAAAUGUCACUGUGAACUUCAAAAAUCAAAGGUGUUGUAAUGGUAUUUGAUUAACGUAUUUCUUGGACAUGUGGCCAUUAAGAAUAAAACAAUCUUGUGUGCUGUAGAAA